AUGUCCGACACCAGUUCAAAACCCAAAAUUGUUCCUAAAUCAAGCAGCGACUCGACCUCCGAGAAGCUACAGCCGUGGAAAGCACACUGGCCACAGAGCACGAUGAGUACUGCACAUCUUGACUCGGAGAAAUUUGCUCGUGCGCUAGGUGGUCGCAAGGGAGCAUCGCCAAAUCAAGACAGCUUUGUUGACGGAACCAAAGUCUUACGAGUGGACGAUUUCUCUCGGUUUCUGGAACGGUUGAAACAGUGA